AAAUCCUGCUUUUAUGCCCCUUCAAGUUCACCUUCCAGGACAACAUAGAGUAACAUUUCGAGAUAAUGAAGUUAUACAAAAUGUGAUUGAACAUGCUAAUUCAGAGAAAACUACACUCACAGCUUGGUUUCAUGCUAAUAAUUCUUAUUCUGAAGCCAGAACACUAACAUAUGGAAAUUUUCCGACUCACUGGCAUGGAAGAUGUCUUACUGAUUUUCCUAAAAUGCCAUUACCAACUAUCCUUCCCAACUCAGAACACCAUAAUAAUCUAAUUACUGAAGAACUAAAUUAUAAUAUUGCCGACCUUACGCAGAUCGUCGAAAAUGGA